AUGGGCCAACUUUUUUCGUCAAACAAACAACAGGGCUGUACUUUUUGCAGCAUCGUGGAAAAUGACUCGAAGAAAAUAAUUGCUCGAACUGAAACUGUGGUAGUGUUCAGAGAUCGAUCCCCUGCCUCAGCUCAUCAUUUGCUGGCGUGUCCUGUUGAGCACAUUAAGACUGUGAAGAAUCUUAAAUCGGCUCAUGCUUCAUUAGUAGAUGAAAUUUGGAAAGAGGGACUGAAAGCAUUGACAAGUGAGACUGGCUUCUCAGAAGACAGACUGGGUGACGAUGUCUUAGUUGGUUUCCACUACCCACCCCUCAUCUCAGUCGAUCACCUUCAUUUACACCUCAUCUACCCGAAGGCCGACGUGCCACUCCGCUCAAAGUUCAAAUACAGACACGACAGCUUCUUUUUCAGACAUCCUCAACAAAUCCUUAAAAACUUAAAAAGUCGGAUUUGUGAUUAA